AUGAUCCCACUCAGUUGGUCUGAGCAGGACCUGAGGAGCCUGGACCUGAGGCCGUCCAGUCCUGAAGCCUUCCUGGUCUUAAACCUCCUCAGCUGGUUCCUCACCUGGAGAGACCAUCUCACCACCUGUCCAGAGACAAUGACCUACAGUUUCAAUAUGACCAGCUGCGGACGAUCCUGCCGAUCUCUUAGCCAACCAGACGCCUCGUGCCAGUCCGGCUUUGUUCCAGUGGAUGGCUGCGGCUGUGUCGAGGGAACCUACAUGAACGACAAGGGCAAAUGUGUGCCCAUGAAAGACUGCCCCUGCUACCAUAGCGACAGCAUUAUUCCUGCCAGACAAACCGUGGUCAAAAAGGGCCACACUUGUACCUGCAGACAUGGAGUUCUCAGGUGUCCAGGAGAUCAAGAAGGCCCAAUGAAAUGCCACCCUCCCAUGGUUUACUUCAACUGCUCCACAGCUGGACCUGGAGCUAAUGGGACAGAGUGUGAGAGAAGCUGCAGCACCCUUGGCAGUGCCUGUGUGAGUUCAGCCUGUGUCUCAGGCUGUAUGUGUCCGGCAGGUCUGGUGUCUGACGGCGCUGGCCACUGUGUCAAAGAGAACAUGUGUCCAUGCGUGCACAAUGGAGAGGUGUACCAUGCAGGUGAAACUGUUAAAGUGGACUGCAACACAUGUGUCUGCCAUGAAGGGAAGUUCGCAUGUACCGAAAAACUCUGCGAUUCCAUUUGUAGUACCUUUGGUGACGGGCACCACAUCACGUUUGAUGGCAAAAGCUAUGACUUCAAUGGACGCUGUGAAUACACCUUGCUCACGGAUGCCUGCAGUGGGGGCAAAGGAAGUUUCCAGAUCAUCACGGAGAACGAACAGUGUGGAACUUUUGGAGCAUGUUCCAAGAUCAUCAAGAUCAUCCUGGGGAAUAAUGAAUUCCAACUCAGAAACAAUGAUAUACAGGUGGUUAAAGGCAGCAUGAAGAUGCUUGCUUCUCCGCCACGUUGGAUGGGUAUUUACAGGGUGAUAACCAUCAAGAUCGGACUGGUGCUCAUGUGGGACCAGAAGACAAGCCUGUACAUCAAAGUUCACCCAAAUUUCCAGCGGCAAGUCUGCGGUUUAUGUGGAAACUUUGAUGGUGACAGUGAGAAUGACUUCAUGACUUCAUUCAUGGACAUCACAGCAGACAGUAUUGAGUUUGCAAGCAGCUGGAAGGUUUUACCUAGCUGCCCUCAGCCCCCGCCGAUCACUGAUCCCUGUCUAGCCAAUGUCUACAGAGCACCCUGGGCCAAGAAACACUGCACCAUCGUCAUCAGUGCCGCCUUCGGCAAGUGCCAUUCUAAGGUGGAUCCUACUCCUUUCUAUGACAACUGUGUUAAAGACUCUUGUGCUUGUGACAGUGGUGGAGACUGCGAGUGUUUCUGCACAGUUGUGGCCGCCUAUGCUAAAGCUUGUAGUGAUGCUGGGGUCUGUGUGAGAUGGAGAACUCCGAACAUAUGCCCUAUAUUCUGUGACUACUUCAACGCCCCUGAUGACUGUGAGUGGCACUACAAGCCUUGUGGAGUUCAGUGCAUGAAGACAUGUAGAAAUCCAUCAGGAAACUGUUCCAAUCUCAUCAGCGCACUGGAAGGCUGCUAUCCAGAGUGUCCUUUCACCCGUCCCUACUUUGACGAAGACUCCAUGAAGUGUGUUGCUUGGGAUCAGUGUGGCUGCUACGAUGACAAGGGCAACCAUUAUCAUAUUGGAGAACAGCUUCCAUCGGAGAACUGCUACACUUGCCCUACAACUACUACCACUGAAACCACAACAACCACAACACCUCCCCCUACUACUACUACCACUGAGACCACAACAACCACAACACCUCCCCCUACUACUACUACCACCACUGAAACCACAACAACCACAACACCUCCCCCUACAACUACUACCACUGAAACCACAACAACCACAACACCUCCCCCUACUACUACUACCACCACUGAAACCACAACCACAACACCUCCCCCUACAACUACUACCACUGAAACCACAACAACCACAACAUCUCCCCCUACUACUACAACCACUGAAACCACAACAACCACAACACCUCCCCCUACUACUACUUCUACCACUGAAACCACAACAACAACAACAUCUCCCCCUACUACUACCACCACUGAAACCACAACAACCACAACAUCUCCCCCUACUACUUCAACCACUGAGACCACAACAAUUACAACACCUCCCCCUACAACUACUACCACUGAGACCACAACAACCACAACAUCUCCUCCUCCUACUACUACUACCACUGAGACCACAACAACCACAACAUCUCCCCCUCCUACUUCUACCACUGAGACCACAACAAUUACAACACCUCCCCCUACAACUACUACCACUGAGACCACAACAACCACAACACCUCCCCCUCCUACUACUACUACCACUGAGACCACAACAACCACAACACCUCCCCCUACUACUUCUACCACUGAGACCACAACAACCACAACAUCUCCUCCUCCUACUACUCCUACCACUGAGACCACAACAACCACAACACCUCCCCCUCCUACUACUACCACUGAAACUACAACAACCACAGAAACCACAACACUUCCCCCUACUACUACUACUACCACUGAGACCACAACAACCACAACAUCUCCUCCUCCUACUACUCCUACCACUGAGACCACAACAACCACAACACCUCCCCCUACAACUACUACCACUGAAACUACAACAACCACAACCACAACACCUCCCCCUACUACUACUACUACCACUGAAACUACAACAACCACAACAACCACAACACCUCCCCCUACUACUACUACUACUACUGAGACCACAACAACCACAACACCUCCCCCUACUACUACUACCACUGAAACUACAACAACAACAGAAACCACAACACCUCCCCCUACUACUACUACCACUGAGACCACAACAACCACAACACCUCCCCCUCCUACUACUACCACUGAAACUACAACCACAACACCUCCCCCUACUACUACUACUACCACUGAAACUACAACAACCACAACAACCACAACACCUCCCCCUACUACUACUACUACUACUGAGACCACAACAACCACAACACCUCCCCCUACUACUACUACCACUGAAACUACAACAACCACAGAAACCACAACACCUCCCCCUACUACUACUACUACCACUGAGACCACAACAACCACAACACCUCCCCCUCCUACUACUACCAAUGAAACUACAACCACAACACCUCCCCCUACUACUAGUACCACUGAGACCACAACAACCACAACAUCUCCCCCUACUACUACUACCACCACUGAAACCACAACAACCACAACAUCUCCCCCUCUUACUACUACCACUGAGACCACAACAACCACAACACCUCCCCCUACUACUACUACCACUGAAACUACAACAACCACAGUAACCACAACACCUCCCCCUACUACUACUACCACUGAGACCACAACAACCACAACACCUCCCCCUACUACUACUACCACUGAGACCACAACAACCACAACACCUCCCCCUCCUACUACUACCACUGAAACUACAACAACCACAACACCUCCCCCUCCUACUACUACCACUGAGACCACAACAACCACAACACCACCCCCUACUACUCAUACUACCACUGAAACUACAACAACCACAACAACCACAACACCUCCCCCUACUACUACUACUACUACUGAGACCACAACAACCACAACACCUCCCCCUACUACUACUACCACUGAAACUACAACAACCACAGAAACCACAACACCUCCCCCUACUACUACUACCACUGAGACCACAACAACCACAACACCUCCCCCUACUACUACUCAUAAUGAGACCUUUAAGAUUGACAACUGCACCCAUGGUAUCUGUGAAGAUGGCAAGAUAAUAAAGCAAGCUGUGACAUGUGCCGUACCAGUCAAACCUGAUUGUGUCAAUAACCAUGAGCCUGUCAAGGUCUAUGAUGAAAACGGAUGCUGUUUCCACUAUGAAUGUGAAUGCGUAUGCACGGUCUGGUCUAAAGACAUAAUCACCACUUUUGAUGGAGUAGCUUACAGUUACCAUCAGUUCUGCGAUUUCUACCUGGUCAAGGAGACUGAGUUUCAGUUAGACCUGAAUAUCUUAUUGACUAAUGAACAGUGCGAUGAAACCAAUGGCACCUUCUGUCCCCAGACGAUCACUAUUUUGUACAGGGCCUACAAGAUUGUUUUAACUCAGACACUGAGUGAUGGCAUUGUGGUGUACUUCAAUGACAAACGAGUCUAUCCUGCCCACUUUGUGUCCGAAGUGUUCAUCACUGGCACGGAUAUGACGGUCACAGUGGAAAUUCCCUUCAUCCAGACAAGGGUCGUCUACAGAUUAGACUCAUUCAGCAUUUACGUCGGUUUUUCACAGUUCAGCGGGAAAACACUGGGACUGUGUGAGUCUUCUGAAAUCCACACCAGCAAGUUUGAUAUUGGAAUGAUAGACUAG